GCAUUUGUGAAAGCUCGGUCUGUAAAAACUACGACUGAAUGAAGUCAGCUGAUCUUUGCUUUCGCAUCGCCUCUCAUUUCUUCUAGGCAGAGGACCGCGAUACUGGAUCUACCUUUUCGCUUCGAUAAGUCAGUUGUAGUCUGUUAGGAUGGACAUGUCCAAGCUGCCAAAGAUCCGGGAUGAAGAAAGGGAGAGCGAGUUUGGAUACGUCCAUGGAGUCUCCGGCCCAGUGGUGACUGCCACGGCGAUGGCGGGGGCAGCCAUGUACGAGCUGGUGAGAGUGGGCCACAGUGAGCUGGUGGGGGAGAUCAUCCGUCUGGAGGGAGACAUGGCUACCAUCCAGGUCUACGAGGAAACCUCGGGUGUGUCUGUGGGGGACCCUGUGCUGCGGACUGGGAAGCCCCUGUCUGUGGAACUGGGGCCGGGCAUCAUGGGCUCCAUCUUUGACGGUAUCCAGCGCCCCCUGAAGGACAUCAACGACCUUACACAGAGCAUUUACAUCCCCCGUGGAGUCAACAUCGGGGCCCUCAACCGAGACCUCAAGUGGGAUUUCUCUCCCGGCAAGAGCCUACGAGUUGGCAGUCACAUCACCGGGGGAGAUAUCUAUGGGACGGUGUUUGAGAACUCCCUCAUCAAGCACAAGCUCAUGCUGCCUCCACGGAACAGAGGCACCGUCACCUACGUGGCCCCCCCUGGCAACUAUGACGUCUCAGAUGUGGUGCUGGAGCUGGAGUUUGAGGGCCUCAAGGAGAAGUUCACCAUGGUUCAGGUGUGGCCUGUGAGACAGGUGCGUCCUGUAACAGAGAAGCUUCCUGCCAAUCACCCCCUGCUGACUGGCCAGAGGGUCCUGGAUGCACUCUUUCCGUGCGUGCAGGGAGGAACCACCGCUAUCCCAGGAGCCUUUGGGUGUGGUAAAACUGUCAUCUCCCAGUCCCUGUCCAAGUACUCCAACAGUGAUGUCAUCAUCUACGUGGGCUGUGGGGAACGUGGUAACGAGAUGUCGGAAGUGCUGCGAGACUUCCCUGAGCUGACCAUGGAGGUGGACGGGAAGACUGAGAGCAUUAUGAAGAGAACUGCGCUGGUGGCCAACACCUCCAACAUGCCCGUGGCUGCCCGAGAGGCCUCCAUCUACACAGGCAUCACGCUGUCUGAGUACUUCCGGGACAUGGGCUACAACGUGAGCAUGAUGGCUGACUCCACGUCCCGAUGGGCUGAGGCCCUUAGGGAGAUCUCAGGACGACUGGCAGAGAUGCCGGCCGACAGCGGUUAUCCUGCCUACCUCGGUGCCCGCUUGGCUUCCUUCUACGAGCGUGCCGGGAGAGUGAAGUGUCUGGGCAACCCUGAGAGAGAGGGCAGCGUCAGCAUCGUGGGAGCUGUGUCUCCCCCUGGUGGUGAUUUCUCCGACCCCGUCACCUCAGCCACCCUGGGUAUCGUACAGGUGUUCUGGGGUCUGGAUAAGAAGCUGGCCCAGAGGAAGCACUUCCCCUCAGUCAACUGGCUGAUCAGCUACAGCAAGUACACCCGCGCUCUGGACGAGUACUACGACAAGCACUUCCCUGAGUUUGUGCCGCUGCGCACCAAGGCCAAGGAGAUCCUGCAGGAAGAGGAAGACCUGGCUGAAAUCGUACAGCUGGUCGGCAAGGCUUCACUGGCAGAAACGGACAAGAUCACCCUUGAAGUGGCCAAGCUGCUCAAAGAUGACUUCCUGCAACAGAACGGUUACACUCCUUACGACAGGUUCUGCCCCUUCUAUAAGACCGUGGGCAUCCUGUCCAACACCAUUGCCUUCUACGACAUGGCCCGGCACGCGGUGGAGACCACAGCCCAGAGCGACAACAAGAUCACCUGGGCUAUUAUCCGUGAACACAUGGGGGAGAUGCUCUACAAGCUGAGCUCCAUGAAGUUCAAGGACCCAGUGAAGGACGGCGAGACCAAGAUCAAGGCAGAAUACGCCCAACUUCUGGAAGACAUGCAGAACUCCUUCCGUACCCUGGAGGAAUAAGCAUUCAACCCUCAACGUUUACCUUUGACCCUUGACCCCUGGGGGCAGUGCAUGUCAAUGUCACCCAUCUCUUUCUCUCUGUAAUCUCUCCCUCACCGCAACCUCACAUUCCACUGCUGAAUGUUUGUGCGUGUGUGUGUGUGUGUGUGUGUGUGUGUGGAGGGAUGGAUGGAUAAAGGGAUGUUCUGUGUUCAUGUUUUAUGUUACUUCCAGUACUUGGACAUACUCACCCUAGUAGGUAGAACUUGGUGUGAGAGAUGUCAUCGACCCCUCCACUGCCCCCAUCCUGGUCACCACCUCAUCUCUGACCCUAGCUGUGUAUCGGAAUACUUCAGUUGAUGUAAUUAUCGUUAAUCUUCCCUCUGUACAGAAGAUUGUUGAA